GGGGCAGCAACGUGACGAAAGAGUUACAUACCAACAGGAAUUUUGUCCAUAAGCCCAAAGGAAGAUGGCCUGGAUGUUCAGCAACAAGUGGAACCUGAGGAUUCCUAUUUGAGAGCAUCAAAUACAUCCAUUGACCGCAUUACAAAUAUUUGACUUUGCUUUUUCUUACUGGACAAAAAAAGACACCAUCAUUUUCCUAUCUUGAAAAAAAACCAUUGCCCUCUGCUGGACAGAUUACAACGAUCACAUUUUUAUUUAAAAGACCCCAGAGCAUUCCCAACACAAUCUCCCAGGAGCGCUAACAAAUGACAAAUUACCUAUAGACUUUCAAAUAUAUAUCAUUAAAAAUAACAAUAAUAUUGCCACUGAAUAACAAUUUAAUGAUGUAACUGUAUUAAUCAUUUCAGUUUACAGUAUAAUAGAGGGGUGGGCAAUUCUGGUCCUGGUGGGCCGGGGUGUAUGCAGGUUUUUGUUUCCACCAAUUACCCUGGCUAAAUGAACUAAUUGGCUGAAUGCACCAAUGCUGGUUUUCUCAAAGAUUAGAUCACAGUAAAACAGGGGACACAAGACCAGUCAUCAAAAAAUGCAGCUAAAAUGUCAGAUGUCAUAAAAGGCUAAUUAUGUAAUUAAGGCCAGAAGUUGGUGUGAAAUCCAGAAAUGGAUAUGGCGCUAUUUGCCCACCUCGGGAAUACAUAAAUACGAAAUGAUAAUGAUAGUUACCCUGCUCUGGCCACUGAGAGAGCACAGACUACAGAGUACGAGGGACCAAAGAGGUGGGCACUGAGAGGAACAGGAAGUGAGACUCACGCUAAAGGGAGCUGGAGUCUCUAACAGACACACACACCCGUCAGGCACAUAUGGCUCUCACUCUGAUACUCUUCCUCUCCUUCCUCUUCCUCCCUGUGCUGCCAGAUGCUGACGGUGUGUUCACAAUGAGUGAAGUAGUUGUACAGAGAGGAAGAUCUGUCACCAUCCCAUGUCUCUAUGAUAGAGAAUAUGAAAGUCAUGUGAAAUACUGGUGUCAUGGUUCAGUCUGGAAUGUUUGUGAAACUGUAGUACGCACUGACUCUCCAACAGUUAAAGGUGAAACAUCAAUCACUGAUGACCCCACCCAUCAUGUGUUCACUGUUACCAUGAGAAAGCUUGAGGUGAAGGAUUCUGGAUAUUACUGGUGUGCUGUAGAGAUCCAGGGCGCUCGAGAUAAGAAAGCAUAUCUGUACCUGUCAGUCACUGCAGACACUCCUGGACUCUGGGUUGAGCAGCAGGAGGUGGCCGGUGUGGAAGGGGGCCAUGUCAGUGUGCUGUGUCACUAUAAUGAACCGAGCAGCAUGAAGAAGUGGUGCAGGAUAGAGAGCACCUGUGUGGAAGUGAAUCCUGGUGAAUCUGGAAGAUCAGAGAUGACAGAUGACCGCUCUGAAAAGGUCUUCCCUGUGACGGUGAGGGAGCUGAACAUGGAGGACACAGGCUGGUAUUGGUGUGCUGCUGGAAAACUACAGAUCCAUGUUCACCUCACUGUCACUCAGAAAACUACAAUGGCCACAGUCACCACAUCACCCCAUUCUUCAGCAUCUGCAGCACUAAGCACGUCUCUUCUGGUGACCACAGCAACCACAGCAGCAACAUCCUCCAAGCCUUCAACCUCAAAGCAUUCAACAGUCUCAACACCUCUCUCACCUGUUCCAGCAACAACUACAUUUACUUACAAUAUAAGUCCUUCAGAUCUCACAAUCAUCCUGAUGGCACUAGGGAUGCUGUUGCUGGUGACAGCUGUUGCCACGGUUACCUGGAAGUUGUGUAAGAGACACAGUGAGUAUCCACAUGAAGUACGCUGAGUGUGAAAGAAUAGUGUGGGUGCUGUAUGUAGGAGCAGUCAGCACAGCAUUAGUGAAGUGCAGUACACUGAGCACAGGAGUUUCACAGGCAGUAGGGGUCUCACAGGGGCCCUCUCAGCUCUGUCAUGAUCACACUCUCUUAUCACAGCUCAUCCUGUGUCUCCUUACAGAGGGAGUCCAGCCUCACACAGGAGCAAGAGAGGACCGGAGCAACGAGCUGACGCCACCUGAAAACCCUGCAGAUGAGGUUCUGUACAGCUCAGUCGUCCUGAAAAAUCUACAGACCACACACACGUCUCACCGUUCUGCAGCUGAUAGUGAAGUGAUUUACUGCUCAGUUGCCGGGCAGAACACACAGUAGGGGGCAGCAACGUGACGAAAGAGUUACAGACCAACAGGAAUUUUGUCCAUAAGCCCAAAGGAAGAGGCCUGGAUGUUCAGCAACGUGUGGAACCUGAGGAUUCCUAUUUCAGAGCAUCAAAUACAUCCAUUGACCGCAUUACAAAUAUUUGACUCUGCUUUUUCUUACUGGACAAAAAAAGUCACCAUCAUUUUCCUAUCUUGAAAAGGAACCAUCGCCCUCUGCUGGACUGAUUACAACGAUCACAUUUUUCCUUGGCGAUUUAAAAAACCCCAGAUCAUUCCCAACACAAUCUCCCAGGAGCGCUAACAAAUGACAAUUACAAUGACAAAUUACCUAUAGACUUUCAAAUAUAUAUCAUUAAAAAUAACAAUGAUAUUGCCACUGAAUAACAAUUUAAUGAUGUAACUGUAUUAAUCAUUUCAGUUUACAGUAUAAUAGAGGGGUGGGCAAUUCUGGUCCUGGUGGGCCGGGGUGUAUGCAGGUUUUUGUUUCCACCAAUUACCCUGGCUAAAUUAACUAAUUGGCUGAAUGCACCAACGCUGGUUUUCUCAAAGUAAAACAGGGGACACAAAACCAGUCAUCAAAAAAUGCUACUAAAAUGUCAGAUGUCAUCAAAGGCUAAUUAUGUAAUUAAGGCCAGAAGUUGGUAUGAAAUCCAGAAAUGGAUAUGGCGCUCUUUGCCCACCUCUGGAAUACAUAAAUAUGAAAUGAUAUUGAUAGUUACCCUGCUCUGGCCACUGAGAGAGCACAGACUACAGAGUACGAGGGACCAAAGAGGUGGGCACUGAGAGGAACAGGAAGUGAGACUCACGCUAAAGGGAGCUGGAGUCUCUAACAGACACACACACCCGUCAGGCACAUAUGGCUCUCACUCUGAUACUCUUCCUCUCCUUCCUCUUCCUCCCUGUGCUGCCAGGUAGGACUUGUUUUUCAUACUGUAUACUGAACUCUGGAGCAUUGUAGCAGAGAGACUAUCUGUGCCUGAAACUUGAAUCAAUGAGUUAAACUGAAGAUUGUUGUUAACGGUACAUCAAACUGCUAUGAUAUGGGUUAAGUAUCUUUUUGCGAAUCAUAAAUAUAGGAAGGCCAUUGCUACAGACUUGGAAUUCAUGCGCACCUUUUUGUUUUGGCUCUCGGGCAGUUUACUGUAUUUUAACCAAUAAUGUAUAAUUAAUACAAAUCUAACUUUAGAAAUGCAUUUUAAAACGCCCAAAGAAACUAUGCUUGUGUGGCAUUAAUGGCAGUAUUCUAUUUUUUUGUUUUUUCAGAGAGGUUUUAAUUAGCCCUUGCACUGCAUUCUGCUUUUUUCUUUAUUUCAUGAGGAUUAGCUGAUAACAAUUUCAUUUUUGUGAUUAUUUUUGUUUCACCAAAAAAGGAAGUUGAGGUGAUCUUGUUCUGUAAGUGUCUGAAUUGGCUUCAGACCAGCUAAAAUGGGUUGGGUGGCUACUGUGGUGAGUAGAGGGUAUUAAGCACAGGAAAUAAUGCUGUUUGUAGCUCUGCUAAAAUAAAGACAACUGAAAGAGUGGAAGGAAAGCACAUCUGUGUGUGCGCUCCCUCUGAAAGUGUUGCAUUUAAAA